UGUCUGCAGGAGCUCCGGGGGCGAGGACCGGGGGCUGCGGGAGGAGCGCGGGGCUGCACGCGCUCCGAGUGUCGGGGUGGACGGGGGCCGGUGGCUCUGGGGCCCGGGGAGAGCACAGGGCGCAUGGGCCCCUGGUGCCGGGCUGGGCGCGGGGGCGCUGGCGCUGAGUGAAGGGGCGGUGAGUCCCACGUGCAGCCUCGCCCCAUGUGGGAACCCAGGCGCACGCUCCAAGCGUCUGUCGCCUUCAGUCUCCGCGCGGGCCUGUGGAGAAGCCCCCGGUGCGCUUCUGGUCUCCAGCCAAGCCACUGUCGUUUCCUGCGCCUGGAGUCUGUAAUUGUGAACAACUUCCCCUUGGAACACUUCCUGGCGCGGUUGGAGCCCAGCGCUGGAGACUGUCCAGAGCAGUGGGACGCUCUACACGUCUACGGGAGGAAAGCUAUCCCCCGGGUCCUAUCCGAAACACUUGUCCUGAGUGUCCAGGUGUCCGCCAGGCACACACGUGUGUUCGUGGGGUUCCUCGCCACGUGGGGAUCCUCGGCCGCAGGUCUCAGAUUACAGGCUGGAAUCGGGGCCAGCUCGGAACUCCGGAAUGCAUGCACAAGCAGCCGUCUCCCAGGCUGCCCACAGUGCGGGAGCCGGAGUCCUCGGAGCUCCCUUCUGGGGGCCCAGCCUCGCUAGGGGAGAACCUUGCUCCGCGUCCGCCCUUUCCUCUGCACCCCCAUCCCAGGCUCCAGUACAGGUGGCCUUUCCUCCCGGGGGCCCUGCUGCUCCCGGGAUGGGGCCAAGCAGCUCCCCGUGACCCUGCGGUCCAGCCAUGGGCCCAUGAGCUGGCAGCCCUCCACUCGUUUUGGAAGCUUUGGGCAGCGCGUCCGGUGGUGCGGAGCCAAGUGUGGGAGACUGUGGGAGGGACGCACCUUCCAAAGUGGGCCCCGCCUGGUGUGGCGGGUGUCCCUGUAGUUCGGAUCAGUGCCACCGCUCACGGCCCCGGGUGGUGGUCCCGCAGUGGCCACAGUGCCGGCUCCUUAAGGCCUGGCCCUCCUCUCUUCAGUGAGGCCUGUAGGGGCGUUUCCGCCUGUGACUGGUGACAGAGGUCGGCGCUGCCUCGCGGCCCCCUCCCCGCAGUUCUGCCCUGGGUGCCCCUGCAGGGGCCCCCUCACCGUGGGGAGCCAGGGGUGCUGGUGAAGGGCAGGCCCAGGACAGCGCCCCCCACAAGAAGUUGGAGGAGGGCCUUAUGUGGGUGGAAGGGACAGAUUUUAAAGCAACGCUCAGGAAAAAAGUCAAGCAGGAAUGAAAGUGGCCAUUUCUGAAGGGAGCCCCGCGGGUCUGGUACCUUCUGUGCUCCUUGGCAUCCUCACUGCUGUGUCUGCUCCCCUGGCACGGGGCAGGGGGAGGCUGGCUCCAGGGGUCACUGGGCCGCCACGGGGCGGUAGAGGUUUCCUAGGAUAGGCAGCUGCCUUUGUCUGGGGUGGCAUCUUCACUCACGCCCUUGGAGAGCGGGUCCCUGGCACCCGGGCUGAGUGAGAAGCACAGAGGUAGUUUGAGUCCCUCUUUCUGGCGCGUGUAAUGGCCCUUCCCAGCCCCGGUGAGAAGGCUGCCUUCCUUCGGCCACCCCUGCUGGGUGGCAGGCCUGAGGCUCAGGGGCUCCUUGAGCAGAUGUUUUCGGAGACAGCAGGUAGAAGGCUCCCCGUGCAGCCUGGGAGACCCGCCAGCCAAUGGGCUGCAGCCCAGAGGCGAGACCGUGUGCAUGUGAGCCCAAGGUGAGCCCUUGGCCCUUUGCUUCCUGUGAUCCAAGAGCAGAGGAGGCCUGGGUUUCUCCCUGCUGGCUGGGGGAGGCCCCUCCUUCCUUCCAGCUGUCCCGUAACUCAGGAGGAAGGUGAGGGACUCCAGCACUGAGCACAGCGUCCCCAGAUUGUAGGGGUGGGGCUGGGAGGGAGGGGGCGCAGCUCGUGGGACACUCCCUGAGACCCCAUGUAAACCCCGUCCUUCAGCCCUGCUCCCCAGGUGUCAGCAGACACUGCCCCCUACCCCUAACCCCCCCCGCCACAGCUCCCUGGCCAUUGCAGGGUGUGGACCCUUGCAUGUCCUUGCUUCUGGGGGUGGCGGUGGUCCACCACAGUGUUCUGACCCUGGAGGACUCCUGGGACCCUCAGGGCUGGGCCCCGGGGCCCUGGGGCCCAUCUGCGUGUCGGUGGAGGCAGGAUUGCGGUGUUGGCCUGAAAUGCUGGAGGCGGAGCUCUUAUCCGUGACCAGCUGGGAAUCCCGAGGCAGCAGCUCCCUGCGUGCUCACCUGUUUGGGCGUGUCUGGGGGCCGUGUCAGGGUGCAGAGUCCUGGAGUGUGUCCGAGACCUUCAGACACACUUGUGACAAGCUCUCACUGCAGUCUCAGAAGCACCGCCUUGGGGUUUCAGAAGCCAUGGGAGUCCAGGAAGUAGAAAGAAGAAGCUGGUGAGCUUGCGGGGUUCUGGUAUCUGAGACUUCCGCCCCGGGAUUCGGGGACGCCAGUCUCAGAAAUAAACACAGGAGGAAAUAAGAACAGCCGGGCUCUGACUGUCAUAGUUCCCCUUGCUGAGCAAGGGCCAGGCCUGUGUUGAAAUCGUGGUACUGGGGUGAAGUCUUACUCGGCCCUCGGUGGCCCCUGGGGGUUCUCUGCCCCCAUCCCCGACCCUGGACUGUGGUCUGGUGUGUGCCUGGCCCGGCAGGUCCUCCUCCUGCCACGUCCUCUGGGCCAUCGUGGGCGCGACUGCUUCUCCUCUGGGCCUGGCACUUGGACACGCCUGGUGCUGGGACACAGUGAGGAUCAGGCCGUCAGACCUUGCGGGGGAGGUGCACGCAGCCCAGCACUCGCACGUGAGAUGAGCCCAGUGUCCCCGGGGACCUGGAUCUUAAAUUGCAUUUAGUUUUCAUUACUUAACAUUUAUGGGCCCCACAUGGUUGGCAGCCACCCUGUGGGAGCUGCAGCCCUGGAGCCCCCAGAAGUGGCGACAGUGUGGCCUGGCUGGGCCUGGCUCCUGGGUCGUCACAAGCUCCAGGUUGGAGCACGGGGCUGGGACUGGGGCUGGGGCUGAGGCCUCUCCACCUUGUGAGGUUGAGCCCGAUUGAAUGACAGGGGGAGGAGCCCUUUGCAGCCAAGUUUCGGGGGGUGGGAGAUGGCUGCGGGCUGUCUGCUGAGCUGCCCUGACUCUGGCUCUCCUUCCCAGGUACAGAGUCCCCUUCGGUCUCCUGCAGGGCCAUCGGGGACCUGGGCAGCAUGGCCCUCUCCGGCCCGGAGGUGGAGAAGCAGGUGCCGGCGGAGCCCAGGCGGGGCCGCAAGCUGCAGUCCUGGUGGAGCCUGGUGUUCUGCCUCUGCUUCUACGGCUUCAUGGCCCAGAUGCGACCCGGGGAGAGCUUCAUCACGCCUUACCUCCUGGGCCCCGACAAGAACUUCACGCAGAAGCAGGUCACCAACGAGAUCACGCCCGUGCUGUCCUACUCCUACCUGGCAGUGCUGGUGCCCAUCUUCCUGCUGACCGACUACCUGCGCUACAAGCCGGUGCUUCUGCUGCAGGGCCUGAGCUACGUGUCCGUGUGGCUUCUGCUGCUCUUCGGCUCGUCAGUGCUGCACAUGCAGUUCAUGGAGUUCUUCUUCAGCAUCACCAUGGCGGCCCGCAUCGCCUACUCCUCCUACAUCUUCUCGCUGGUGCCCUCCGCCUGCUACCAGCGCAUGGCCGGCUACUCGCGGGCCUCCGUUCUGCUGGGCGUCUUCACCAGCUCCGUGCUGGGCCAGCUGCUGGUCACGAUGGGCAGGGUCCCCUUCUCCACGCUCAACUACAUCUCGCUGGCUUUCCUCACCUUCAGUCUGGUCCUCACGCUCUUCCUGAAGCGCCCCGAGCGCAGCCUCUUCUUCAACCGCGGAGCGCCCGCGAGUGCCGGGGCCUCGCCCUCCGAGCUGGACCGGAUGAACCUGGGUCAAGGGCAGCCCACGGGUGGGAAGCUGGGCCGGCUGCCGGCCUCCUGGCGGGACUCGGUGCUCGUGUACAUGCUCCGCGAGCUGGGCCGCACCGCGCAGCUGCCGCAACUGCGCCUCUGGUCCCUCUGGUGGGUCUUCAACUCCGCCGGCUACUACCUGAUCGUCUACUACGUGCACAUCCUGUGGAACGUGGUCAACCCCACCACGGACACCACGAGGGUCUACAAUGGCGGGGCGGACGCCGCCUCCACUCUGCUCGGUGCCAUCACCUCCUUUGCCGCCGGCUUCGUGAAGAUCCGCUGGGCACUGUGGGCUGAGCUGAUCAUCGCGGUGGUGACGGUGCUGCAGGCCGGGCUGGUCUUCCUCAUGUACAGGACCAGCAGCAUCUGGCUGUGCUACUUGGCCUUCGUGCUCUUCCGUGGCUCCUACCAGUUCCUGGUGCCCAUCGCCACUUUUCAGAUCGCGUCUUCUCUUUCUCAAGAGCUCCGCGCCCUUGUCUUCGGAGUCAACACGUUCCUCGCCACUGUCCUCAAGACCAUCAUCACCCUCGUUGUCUCCGACAAGCGGGGCCUGGGCCUCCCGGUCCGCUCUCAGUUCCUCAUCUACUUUGUGUACUUCCUGGUGCUGUUUGUCGCCUAUGUGCUUGCGGCCUUGCUGACGGGCCUGCGCCACUUCCGACAGGGCCGCCGCCAGCCCCCGCCACCGGCCCGGGAGCUGACGAGUCCGAUGCAGGAGCCGGACGCGCAGGACAGGCUCGCCCCAGAGGACGGCGUGCGAGCCAUGGGGGAGCAGAGGCAGCAGCCCGAGGCCAAGGCCUGACCCUGCGCGACCUGCUCUCCCGGCUGGUGGGCGGCCAGGUUCCUGACACCAGACGCAGCGGGCCUGGGCCUUGACCUCAGAGCUGACACGUCCCCAGCAGCUGCCUGUCUUCUGGGUGUCAGCAGCCAGGUUCCGGCAUCGUCCACAUCGUCAGAUGGUGGCACCGGUGACUGACAGGCCCCCGGUGCUCUGUCGCUGAGACCCAAGCCUCGGGGGCCUCCAGCCUCCAUGAGGGGUCCUCGGCUCACCCCAAGCGGGGCACUUCUCAGCCCUGCUUCACGCCCUGGCUGUGACCCGCGGCCUGCUGGGGACGCUCAGGCAGCUGCCUGGCCAUUGGGGGCUGCUUUGCUGUCCCUGCCUACACGUGACCAGUGUGGGGGGUCCACGUGCACGCCAGACCUCCCUGCUUUCACCCCCUCGUCCCGGGGAAAUGGCAAGGUGGUCCUAGACGCGAGCCCAGGGGACCCGGUGCCCACGGGGUGACCCGGGCCCUGGGGGUGGGGGCCAUGUUCCUGAGCCUGUGGCUGAACUGUGACGUCUGCAGUUGUCCAGGUACUUUCGUUGUAAACGAUGCUCUGUUCCAUUUUUUGGAAAAAAAAACCUGACAAAAAUGA